CCUCAAGAAUCGGCUGAAGACAUGGAGGAAGCAGUAUGGGGUUUUGAACGACAUUGUUGCUCAAAAGGGAUUUACAUGGGACGAGGCACAAAAGAUGGUUGUUGCGGAUGAUGCUAUUUGGAAUGACUACAUAAAGUCAAUAAAAAAUUAUGAAGAAUUGUGUAUUAUUUUCGGCAAUGAUCAAGGUCUAGUGACUUCUGAUAUUGGUGCCGAAGCUGAUAUUGCUUUGGUGUCUGACAACGAGGGUAUGGAGACUGCAAUUGUGUCUGUAACUCAGAAUGAUGACAAGCAGGCAAAAAAUUUGAGAUGGACAGAAGAAAUGGAUCGUUGCCUUGGUAAAGUUCUAGUUAAAGAAGUUCAAAAGGGGCAUAAAGUGGAUAAUGUUAUACAGACUGAGGCAUACAACACAGCUGUUGCAGCGUUAAACAAAAUGUUCAGGCCUGAUAUAACCAAAGACCAUAUUAAGAAUCGGCUUAAAACAUGGAAGAAACAGUACGUGAUUUUGAAGGAACUCCUUUCUCAUACUGGAUUCAGAUGGGAUGAAACACAAAAUAAGAUGAUUGGCGAUGAUUCAGACUGGAAUGACUACAUCAAGACACACCAUGAGGCCCAUCUUUUUCGAGGAAGGGUUGUUGAGAACUAUGAUCAUUUGUGCAUUAUCUUUGGCAACCAUUAUGCAAAUGCUAGCAAUUCAAGAACUGCUGAUGAUGUAGUCCACACCUUGGCCUGUGAUUCUGAGGGUGUGGAAGCUAUUAAGGGCCCGUUUGGCAUGCGUUUUAAUUUAGGCGUUUUGUUUUUUGCUAAAACAGAAAUAGCGUUUUUACUAUUAGAGUGUUUUGGCAAAAAUCGGAAGCACGUUUGGGAACGAUGUUUUGCUGUAGAAAUGUCGGAAACAAAAAUAUGCAAAACACGUUUGGUAAGUCAUGCGUUUCAAGAAUUUUAA